AUGCUUCAAAGCAAUAGGCAUAACUUUAAGUGUUAUCUCGUAGACGGAACAUUUUUCCGAAGCAUCAUACGUAGGGAAGCCUACGCAGAUGGAACGGACAGAGCCGUCGCUUUGCCGCCUCAACAUAAAGCAAAAGCAUAUACAACCCAGCCAUAUCGACUCGAAUUAAAAAAGAAGUUUUAUAGAACGCUUUCGCUACUGUGUGAAGAUGAGUCUCUUUCUGAUUCUCAGCUUAAAGCCUACCAAACUAGACUACAGGAUUACCGUACAUACCUCGAAGCUGUAAGCAGGCUUGCAUCAUGUGGAAAUGUAUGCAUAACGGAGGAGACUGUUAUGAUAGGGGAAAAUGGCUUGCUUACUGGCGAAGCUCUAAAUGCCCUUCAGCAUGCUGGUGCAAUAUCUGUAUAUAAUACACUUCAACAGAACAAUUGGGAGUUUCCUGUUCCUGAAGAGGGUGAGGUUGCCAUUGUAAAGUCGCAUACAUCUGUUCCUGAUGAAUUCCUGGAUUCUGAGAAACCUAUUAGAGCUGAUUGGCCGGCUAUUCACGUAUCAGAAUGCUUUAUUGAAGGGGAAAAAGCAAAGCUGCAUGGUUCUGUUAGGCCCCUUAAAACCUUCAUACCACCAACCGUUGUGUUUAGAAAUGCUGCGGAUGUUGAUGAGGAUACCUCCGAGCCCGAUCAUCCAAUUUCCCACAGCACUGAUGCUGGUCUGGAAAUUGUUGCUACUCAAAAAGGACUGGUUGUAAAAAAAACGAAGAGAGAUGGGAAAUCAGUUGAUUAUAUUCCUAUUGAUGAGUACUACUUCGGAAUCGAGGAGGGGUAUCCUGAAUAUAAAGAAGAGAAGGCUGAAUUUCGAUUUAAAUGUGCUGUUUGUCAACGUAUGUUUUACUCUAAUAUGAAACUGAUGCACCACAUACUUGGGCACGUCGAUGAAUUAUUGCAAACGGCUCUGCACUUUGGAGACGUCAACCAAUGUCGUGUAUGCCAUCAGCUUUUUUCGACUUCAUUUGAUCUGCGCUCGCAUGUUCACCAGGAGCACCCAUUUGCUAAUACCACUAUGUUGCUGGGUAGUCCGGAUGGUACUGGAUCGGGCUCUGUUGGUCUUGGGACAAGCGCAAAUGGAUUUAAUGGGCUCGUUAGUGAGGGAGAAUCUCUGCCUACGGCGUCACAGCUGCUAAUGCAACAACAGCUUCGCGGAGUUGAUCCUAGUAUGGGAAUAGCUGGUGGUCAACCAUCAAUUGCAGCAGAAACCCUUUUAGCUGGACGAUUGCAUUUGGAGUGCGAAGUAGGUGAAGUCCCUCCCGAGGUUGCGUCUUCUGAUGGCUUUAAUGAAACUGUUAAUCAAAUGGCAAUUGCUGCAACGACAUGUAGAAUAUGUGGGAAGGAUACUCCUAGCGAAUUGGCCUUGGCUCACCAUUUUCAAUCGACCCAUCGUCAGCGCGAAAUGCCAUACGUUUGCCGUCUUUGCAACUUCCGUUCUUCAAUAUAUGAAGAAUUAAUUACCCAUUUUAAAAAGGGUCAUGGAAACUCUAACCACUUGUUAUGCACGUAUUGCCUGCGAAUAUUUACGCCUACGGACGCUCGUGGCCUGCCCUCAUCAUCAUCUCCGGCUAACGCCUCACUUCCGGGUGGUGGUGUUAGCACCGCAGGGCUAGGCGCCGGGGUUGGCCAGACACAGGUAUAUCUUCAGCAUUUGCGCAUGCACCAAGUGCGUCAUCAAAUACGUCGCUGCCCUUUUUGUCGUUUGACUUUUAUCAACAAGUCUGACUACCAGGUGCAUCGGAAGCUAGAUCACAAAGCUGGUUCCAGUGUCUCUGCGCAUUCGGCCAUAUCCAGUACCGUCGUGACGACGGCAACACCUACGGGUGCUUCUAAUCUGCCGCUUUUGACAGCUACGCCCUCCAUCUCUGGAGCCCCAAUGGAGACCGUGGAGGAACCAGUAGCUGAGGUUUUGGACCUCCCGGUUGUUGACCUUCAGAUUGAUCAAAUCAAUGUGAGGAUUUAA